UCAACGACUGUAUUCAGAAGAGAAGCAAAGGUUGUCCAAUGGAAAGAAAUCUGCAAUGUGAACAAAAGAGUGAAAAUGCACGCACAAGAAGGGGCGUAUUGGAGGGUGACAUUGCCGUCAAUGCGCACAGCUGUCAUAAUUCUAGUUCGCUUGGUCGACAUUGUAUCGUAGAGCCACAUGCAUGCAACUUUCUGGACUGCUUUUUGUGAUUUAUUUUUCAGGUGGUGAAUUUAUCUAACACCAACAGAUAAUUGUAUUCAUCAACAAUGUCUCUCAUUGAGGAAUACGAGGAAGGGGAAUACGAGACAGCACCUAAGCGUCUCAAGACGAUGGAUGUGGAGGAGGGAGAGGAUUUGGAGGAGGGGGAGGAUUCAGAUACAGCUUCCGCGGGGCUGCUAGGAGACGAGGAGGAUGCUACGCGGACCCCCGGGGAAAACCGGGCCCGGUGGUCAACAAAAAAAUAUGGGUCUGGAAGAAAGGACAACGGGGAGGAUGCCCACAGGAUCGCCCCCUCACCGGUGGUCCACGUGCGGGGGCUCUGUGAGUCAGUGGUGGAGGGGGACCUGGUGGAGGCCCUGGAGAAGUUCGGCAACAUCUGCUACGUCAUGAUGAUGCCGUUCAAGCGCCAGGCGCUGGUGGAGUUUGAAGCCAUGGAGAGCGCCGACCAGUGCGUGACGUGCGGGGCCAACGAAGCGGUCUACAUUGCCGGCCAGCAGGCCUUCUUCAACUACUCCACCAGUAAGAGGAUCACGCGGCCAACUAACGCCGAUGACCCCAGCAGUGGCAACAAAGUCCUGCUCCUCUCUAUUCAGAACCCCCUCUAUCCCAUCACCACUGAUGUUCUGUACACAGUCUGCAAUCCCAUAGGCAACGUGCAGCGCAUUGUCAUCUUCAAACGCAAUGGAAUCCAGGCCAUGGUGGAGUUCGAAACUGUCAAAAACGCCCAGAAGGCGAAAUCGGCUCUCAACGGAGCAGACAUAUACGCCGGCAGCUGCACCCUGAAGAUCGAAUACGCUCGGCCCACGCGACUCAACGUCCUCCGCAACGACAAUGAUAGCUGGGACUACACCAAGCCCUUUCUCGUCAGGCGAGAGCGAGGGAAGGGGAGACAGCGCCAGGCCAUUCUGGGAGAGCAUCCGUCCUCCUACAGCGACAACGGCUAUGGGUCACACUGCCCCCUGCUGCCCCUGCCCAGCAAUAACAGGUACAAGAGGAGCUCUCCCCAUGACGCCCAGGAGGUGGUUGCCUACCCCCUGCCACAGACCUCCUCCUAUAUGGGCCACGCCUCCAGCUCGUCAGUUGCCAUGGUGAGCGGCCUGCACUCCGCCAAGAUGAACUGCACCCGUAUCUUCAACCUCUUCUGCCUGUACGGGAACAUUGAGAAGGUGAAGUUUAUGAAGAGUGUCCCGGGCACCGCACUGGUAGAGAUGGGGGAUGAGUACGCAGUCGACCGAUCCAUCACACACCUCAACAGCAUCAAGGUGUUCAGCAAGAGGCUCAACGUCUGUGUGUCCAAGCAGCACGCGGUCAUCCCCAGUCAGGUGUUUGAGCUGGAGGACGGCAGCAGCAGCUACAAGGACUUCGCCAUGACCCGGAACAACCGCUUCAGCAGCGUGGGCCAGGCGUCCAAGAACAUCAUCCAGCCGCCCGCCGCUGUGCUGCACUUCUACAAUGUCCCGCCCUGCAUCACCGAGGACGAGCUGCAGAGGUUAUGUACAGAGCAUGAUGUACCCGGUUUCACCAAGUUCAAAGUCUUCGAUGCGAAACCCAGCUCCAAAACUAUCUCAGGCUUAUUCGAAUUUGACAACAAGACACACGCUGUGGAGGUUCUGACAGUCCUCAACCACCACCAGAUCAGAAUUCCAAAUGGUUCCAACCCUUACACCCUCAAGCUUUGCUUCUCCACUUCCUCACACCUCUGAGACCCGGGAAAACCAAGAUGGCCGCCGCACUAGUUCGCCCAUCAACAAGGGGAGAAGCGGAUAGGGGAGAAAGGAAGAGCACCCGACAAAGGAGAACGAAAAGAAACAACGCAAGGGUGGUUAGUCCACACACUUUUUCGGACCUGAGAAUGGAAAGGCGGGGUGUUAAAAACCACUCAAGAUCAUUUCUCCCCCUCAUAUGAACUAUUUUAAUGGAUUCUUUUUGUUGUCUUUUUUCCUUUAUUUACAAAAACGAUUUGAAGGAGCUGCGAGUGGUUGGGCUGACAGUUGUAACUGACAGAGGGAGAGGAAAGCCCAACUAUGCAUCCUGGCAGGGCUGCUUACUCUGCACCACAAUUGAUUUGACAUUUCCUGUGCUGACUUGCCGAGGGCCGAAUUUGACUUCUGUCUUUUUAUUGUGAGACCUAUUUUAGUGGUCGAAAGACAGUGGCCUACGGUCCGUUUUAAUUCCUAGGUUGAUGUCGAUGGCCAGUGGCCAGUUUUACAACUUUCAGACGAUUCCCAAAGUUGGACCAUGAGAACUGUAUACCCAGUUUUUCCCCUAUAUUAGUUUCUUCCUUAGGCGGGAUGCAAAAGCCCUCAAAGCAACAUCUAGAGCAGCUGGGAUAAAAAAUUACAAAUUGAAACCAAUGGAGGGCAAAUCAAUUUCGGCGGUGGAGGGCUGCUCUAGCUAGGGGAAACACUGGUGGAAACUAGUGGAAAUGUGUGUGCCUAACUCUGCAAUAUAAGAGAUUACUCAGUGUUUGUAAAUGAACAACCCGUCCACAUUAUAGUGUACAUAUGUGUGUAUAGCAGUUGAGUGGGUGUCCGGGCGCUAUGUUAAUAAGAGCAGUUCCUUAUGGAAAAAACACAAUUUUACAUGUGAAUUGUUCCAAGAAAACACAUGUGAAAUCAUAUGAUUUUCCACAUGUGAAAUCAUGUGUUUUUUCUGUAAGGAUUGUUUCUACAUUUUUCCUGUCGAUGGUCCUCUUUUUUGGAGGACCAUUUGAAUUAAAACUCAAAUGAACACUUGAGACUUGUGUCAGAAGUCGGUGUCAGCUUACACUCUGAUGGUGAACAGCAACCUGCCAUGUCGGUCCCUGGAUCUAGGGUUGGGAAACACUGAACCAGAGGGGUGAAAUACUCAGCCACUACCACACGUCUGUCUUCUCUCAAGACGGCAUUUUUUGAAGAGGACAUUUGCUUUUCCCAAACUGUUUCAAGAGUUCCAAACACUGAAGGUCCGUGCGGGCUGUAUGUAUUUAGUGUUAUACUGUGUCUCCAUGUUUGUACUUGGCACACCACCACCAUGUCUGAAGAAUUCACUGUGAGCAUGUGCAGAAAUUAAAACAUUUGCCAGUCGAUACACAACAA